AUGGCAGAAGAAGUGAAGCUUUUGAAGACAUGGUCAAGCCCAUUUGGCGUAAGGGUUGUAUGGGCAUUGAAGCUCAAAGGCAUCCAAUAUGAUUCAAUAGAUGAGGACAUAACCAACAAAAGUCCUUUACUUCUACAAUCCAACCCUGUCUACAAAAAGAUUCCAGUUUUUCUGCAUAAUGGAAAACCAGUAUUAGAGUCUCUUUUAAUUCUCGAAUACCUAGAUGAGACAUGGAAACCGAAUCCCUUAUUGCCUCUAGAUCCUCAAAAGCGAGCUGUAGCACGCUUCUGGGCGAAAUUCGGUGAUGACAAGGUCAUGUCAUCAAUGUGGGCAAUAUUAACUAAAGAAGCAGAGGAGCAAGAAAAUGCUUUGAUUCAGGCUAGAGAGAACCUGAAAUUCUUGGAGGAAGAACUAAUUGGAAAGAAAUUCUUUGGUGGAGACAGCAUUGGAUAUCUUGAUAUUGCACUUGGCUGGCUUUCCAACUUGAUACCUGUAUUAGAAGAGAUGCUUGGUUUUAAGCUGAUUGACAAAGAAAAUUUUCCAUUGUUAUCAGAAUGGAUGCAAGAAUUUACAAAUGUUCCUGAAAUCAAAGAAAGCUUACCUCCUCAUGACAAACUGGUCGUCAAGUUCCGUGCUUAUUUCCCAGCUCGACCUACAAAGUGAACCUGAUUAUUAUAGACGAAUCAUUUCAGAAAUCAAUAGGUAAAAUAAGCUCAAGUACCAAAAUAAUACUAGUGUCUAUUGUUAAAAUCCUGGAUCAAAUAUAAUGAUCUGACUAUUGUUAUCAUUGUGCAAAUGAAACCAGUGUGCCUAUCUAUGUAACAUGAUUUCACUUGAUGAGUUAUUCAAUGUCUAUGAAAAUUUA